GCGAAGCAGCUCUCGCAAUUGGACGCCCAAAACGAGACGCACAGUGGCCACAAGUGCUGCGCAGCUGCGACGUCGCCACACCCAACCAGUGGAGCACGCCUACAGCGCGCGCGCACUCCAGGCGUCCGCUAGAAGCGCAAGCUACCGAGCGCGCCAGGACCGAGACCGCCCAAUUUCAAAAAGCAAGCACUAAAAGAGCACGCCUACAGCGCGCGCGCACUCCAGGCGCCAGCAGCGAGCACUAACUUAGCCCGCGCGCAGCGCAAAUUCAAAAGCAGACGAUGGUCGCCCGCCCGAGCCGCGCGCGCGCCAAGCCACGAAGCUUGUACGACGAGCAGGCCGAAGAACUGAGGAAGAAGGGCGUCGAGCUCCAGACGCAGGACGACGACGAGGAGAACGAGGAACAGGACGACGACCGCUCCGCGACCUUCGUGGCCGAACCGACCCAGAAGAAGGCUAGAGCGCGGACGGGCGCCGUCGCCAAGCCGCGGACGAACGCGGCCCCCAAACAGGCCACGGCCCUCUUCAAGGCCGUGUCGGCCGCCAAACAAGGUAGAAAAAAAGUGACAACCCAAAGCGCCGCCGAGGCCUGGGCCGUCGAGUUCGCGACCUCUCCAGAAAAGGGCGCCGCCCUAUUAACGCGCUUCGCCUUCGAGUGCUGCGGUGCGGUGGACGCGAAGGCUAUUGUGGGCGAUUCCCUAGACGAGGACGCCGACGACGCCGCCUGGACGCAAUUACUAACAUCACUCGGCGACCAGCUCGGCUCGAAGGCGACGCCGCGCGCGUACCCGCUCCACCCGACGGCCGGGAGGGGAGACGCGUUCGAGGAGCGCUUCCGCGGGGCCUGGGCCGAGGUCGUGGACGCGUCGGCGCGCGGCGACCGCGGCGCCUACGAGGAGACGGCCAUUUCCUUGAUCGUCGACGUGCUCACGUGCAACGCGGCGUCCUUUGACCUCGAUCCGACCGAUCGCGUCGAUGGCGUGAGGUGGAGCGAGACACUGACUCACACAGGCGCCUCUCCGGCUCGGCGGUGGCGCACGCGCGGCACGUCGGCGGCGCCGGCGCGAUGGCGGUCGGCGAUCGGCUCGCCGAGGCCGCGACGUCGAUCGACGACCGUUUAGUUAUUGCCAAGAGACAACUGAGAGCCGCCCUCGGGUCCUCCAAGACGCCGAAGAAGGGCUCCAAGGCCGAGACGUGCCAGCAGACCGUCGACGACCUCGAAGAAGCGCGCACGAAAUGCGACGAGGCCCUCGACGAACUCUUCGAGGGCGUCUUCUCCAAAAGAUAUCGCGACUCGAAGCCCGAGGUGCGCGCGGCCGUCGUCAAGGGCCUGGUCGGCUGGGUACAAGCGAGACCAUCGAAGUUCGCGGCCACAAAGUACCUCAAGUAUGCGGCCUGGGUCCUCGACUUCCAGGACGGUGCUGCGGUGCGAGCGUCUGGAGCUCGUGUCUUAGCCGCGGCCUUCGCGUGUGCGGGAGACCAGAAGGACACGCUGCGGGACUUUGCUUUACGGUUCGCGCCUCGAUUAGGUGAAAUGGCUCAUGAUGUCGACCCGGACUGCCAGGCGGCGGCGAUCCAGGCGUUGCGGGCCCUGAAGGACUGCGGGUUAUUGGAUGAGUUGGAAUUGGGUGAAGACGAGGACGCGACGUUGCGCGACAACGUCUACGCGAAGAUCGUGGACCAGGCUUGUUCAGCCGAUAUAAGGAGCGACGCCCUCGCUUUUGCGUUGGAUCUCGAGGAGUUCGACGCCAACACGUCGCAGGGCGACGCUCAAAGAUCUUUAAGAGACCUGGGCCGCUUCGUCGAGGCGUCGGUCCUGGGUGAUGACGGUCCCACUACCUUAACAAGCCUGGCGGCCGACGCCUUCCUCGCGCUGCCCGAACGAGCAUCUCUACUGAGAGACUGGCGCGCCUGGGUCGCUUUGUUGCAGCGCGACGACGUCGACGCCGCCGCGUCGCAAGAGAACCAGCGAUUAGUGGACGUGCUGUUACGACUGUGCGCCCGGUCGGCGGAGACAGAUUCACUAAGCGCGGCGCCCGCGUUGCUAGAAGCUUUACCGGCCUUGCUCACGAAGUACGGCGGCGACGACGACCUGCUCCAGACGGUCUGUGCCCUCGGCGAGAGCGCCUCGCAAGCGUCCACGAAAGACGCGCGCUACGUCAAGGCCUGCAAGGCUCUCUUAGAUCGCGUCGCCACGACCUCCGACGACGCUUCCCUGAAUGCCGCGGCGAAGGCCAUCCGGGCCUUCUCCGCCAACUCGACGGACAAGAAGCUAUCCAAGGCCGUCUCGAAAUGUAUUAGCGAGGCGGCCAAACCCUUACUCGAGGAGCCCGCCGGCGAUAACGACGCCGUCGAGGCGGCAUUGAUGGCGGCCGUGAAGCGCAUUCAAGCCCUGGCGCAGGCCGUCGACGUCCCGGCCGCGUUAUCGGGUGGCGCGGCAUUGGCCGAAGCGCUGGCGGCGCGCGCGGCGCAGCUGGCCGACGACGGCGACGUCAAUGCCAAGGCGUGCCUCGAGGCGCUCGGGGCGUUGGUGUUGUGGCGCGCCAAGGCGUGCCUGGAUAAUAUAGAUGACGCCGGCGACGCGGAGCCGCUCGACCCCGUCAUUACUGCGUGCGCGGACGGCGCCGCGCGCGCGCUGGCGUGCCGCUACGAGGCGCCGACGCUGGCGUUGAAAGGAGGGGACCUCCACGACCUCGAAUUGAGGGAGGACGACGAGAACACGAUGCAAGUGACGAGGGCCGCGUUAGAUGUGGUUGCGGUGCUCGCGGCCGCGGCCCAUCCUGGUUUAAAGGAGCGCCAAGGCUUAGAAUCUAUGGCGCUGCCCGUCGAGACGGACGCGCAGUUGUGUUCGUUGGUCGCCGACGCCUGCCGCCGGGGCGACGUCUCCCUAGAACCGUGCGCGCACGUGGCCGCCGCGGCGCCGCCCGAGACGCCCGCGCGGACGGACCUCUGGGCCGCCGUCGUAGCAAGGGCCGCGAAGGACGACGCGGACUUGCUCCCUUCUCUCUCUUCGCGGCUGGCCGGCACGGGCCCCGACGACGUCGCCCGCGUCCACCUCAAGGCGCUCGAGGCCGAGACCCUGGACCAGGUGACGGCGAAGGCCCUGGCGAAGAGCCUCGUCAAGGCGGCGGCGACGCGCGCCGACCGCGCCGACGCGCUGCACGCGCUGCUGCACGCCGGCGUCGACGCGGCGCUCGCCGACGCGCCCUCUACCUUAAUUCUGCUCGGCGCGCUGCGGCCCUACGUCGACGCCGCGCAGCCCAAGCGCCGCGGCAAGGACGCCGAGGCGGACUCCAAGGUCGACCGCGCGCUCGUCGCUUCGGUCCGGGACGCAUGCGCCGCGCGGGCCUCAGUGAUCCGCCGCGACGCCGACGACGAUGAGAACUGGGAUUUACUAGAUGCCUUCGAGGGCGCGCUAGGCACGCACGCGCCGGCCAAGAAGAAGGCGCCGCCUGCUCCAGAGGAGGAGGAGCCCUGGGACGCGCCCGCCGAACCACCCAAGCUGCCCAAGGCCAAGAGCCCGCCGCGCCGCCGCGCGCCGCCCGCGCGCCGCGGCUCGGGCUACCGCUCCGGCGCGUCGAGCCUCAGCGAGCCGCUCGAGAAGAUCGCCGAGGCGAGCGACGAGGACUCGGACGACGGCGGCGCCGCGCUUCUCCAACGUCGCUCGCAGGACGACGUGCCCGACGACCUGUCGGCCGUGUCGUCGCUCAAGGACGACGACCAGGCGGGUUCGAAUUCGCGCAAGCGCAAGCCGCACCCGCUGUCGCCGAUCCCGAGCGCGCCCGUCGUCGAGAGCGACGAGGAGCCCGCCGAGCCGUCGCCGAAGAAGAAGAAGACGCCCAAGAAGUCGCCGCCGAAGCGCAAGUCGCUCGGCCGCGCCGCCAAGAAGAGCUCCUGAAGCAUGUUCCCCCCUCUCCCCACGGCGACUAAGCGCCAUACUACUCGAACUCUUACACUUC